AUGACUCCAGAACCAGAAGGCUAUAAAAAAGUUAGUGAGGAGAACCCUAAGCACAUUCAGGCUAACCCAUACGGGCCUAACCCUUCUGAUUACUUAAGUAAUGUCUCCAACUUCCAGUUGAUUGAGUCUACCUUAAGAGAAGGUGAGCAAUUCGCCAACUCAUUUUUUACCACUGAGAAAAAGCUCGAGAUUGCCAAGGCCUUAGAUGAUUUUGGAGUCGACUAUAUUGAACUGACAUCCCCUGUAGCAUCUGAGCAGUCUAGAGCUGACUGUGAGGCCAUUUGUAAAUUGGGCUUGAAGGCCAAGAUCUUGACUCAUAUUAGAUGUCACAUGGAUGACGCCAAAGUUGCAGUUGAAACUGGUGUGGAUGGUGUUGACGUUGUCAUUGGUACUUCUCAGUUUUUGAGACAAUACAGUCAUGGUAAAGACAUGUCGUACAUUACCAACCAGGCAAUUGAGGUUAUUGAGUUUGUCAAGUCUAAGGGAAUAGAAAUUAGAUUUUCCUCUGAGGACUCCUUCAGAAGUGAUCUGGUUGAUCUGUUGAACAUUUACAGAACCGUUGACAAGAUCGGUGUUAACAGAGUCGGUAUUGCCGACACUGUUGGCUGUGCUAACCCAAGACAAGUUUACGAAUUGGUGCGUACUUUGAAAACUGUUGUACAUUGUGAUAUUGAAUGUCAUUUUCACAAUGAUACUGGUUGCUCCAUCGCCAAUGCCUAUACCGCUUUGGAGGGUGGUGCUCGUUUAAUUGAUGUCUCUGUUUUGGGUAUCGGUGAAAGAAAUGGUAUCACCCCUCUUGGUGGUUUGAUGGCCAGAAUGAUUGCUGCUGACAGAGAGUAUGUGUUGUCCAAGUACAAAUUACACAAGCUAAGAGACUUGGAAACCUUGGUUGCUGACGCCGUUCAAGUGAAUAUUCCUUUCAACAACCCUAUUACUGGUUUCUGUGCCUUCACUCACAAAGCUGGUAUUCAUGCGAAGGCUAUUUUAGCCAACCCAUCUACGUACGAGAUUUUGAAACCAUCUGACUUCGGUUUGACUAGGUAUAUUCAUUUUGCCAACAGAUUAACUGGCUGGAAUGCUAUCAAAUCUCGUGUCGACCAGUUGAACUUGCAUUUGACUGACACUCAAUGCAAGGAAGUUACCGCUAAGAUUAAGAGACUGGGAGAUAUUCGACCUUUAAACAUUGAUGACGUUGAUUCCAUUAUCAAGGACUUUCAUGCCGAUGUAACAACCCCAGCCCUCAGACCAGCAGAAGGUGGUGAUGUUGAAGAGGCCCACUUGGAUGCCAUUAAAAAGAGAAAACUCUAA